GAAAAUGUCUGGACGUGGAAAGGGAGCAGGAAAGGUCAGAGCGAAGGCGAAGACCCGCUCUUCUCGGGCCGGCCUGCAGUUCCCCGUCGGCCGUGUCCACAGACACUUGAGGAAGGGUAACUACGCCCAGCGUGUCGGUGCCGGAGCUCCGGUGUACCUGGCGGCGGUGCUGGAGUACCUGACCGCUGAGAUCCUGGAGCUGGCUGGAAACGCUGCCCGCGACAACAAGAAGACCAGGAUCAUCCCCCGUCACCUGCAGCUGGCCGUCCGCAACGACGAGGAGCUCAACAAGCUGCUGGGCGGAGUGACCAUCGCUCAGGGCGGCGUGCUGCCCAACAUCCAGGCGGUGCUGCUGCCCAAGAAGACCGAGAAGGCCGCCAAGAAUCAAGUACAGUUUUCGUGUAAACCUCGAAAAUACUCAAUCAAUAACAUGUCUGGACGUGGAAAGGGAGCAGGAAAGGCCAGAGCGAAGGCGAAGAGCAGGUCCUCCAGGGCCGGCCUGCAGUUCCCCGUCGGCCGUGUCCACAGACACUUGAGGAAGGGUAACUACGCCCAGCGUGUCGGUGCCGGAGCUCCGGUGUACCUGGCGGCGGUGCUGGAGUACCUGACCGCUGAGAUCCUGGAGCUGGCUGGAAACGCUGCCCGCGACAACAAGAAGACCAGGAUCAUCCCCCGUCACCUGCAGCUGGCCGUCCGCAACGACGAGGAGCUCAACAAGCUGCUGGGCGGAGUGACCAUCGCUCAGGGCGGCGUGCUGCCCAACAUCCAGGCGGUGCUGCUGCCCAAGAAGACCGAGAAGGCCGCCAAGAAGUAGAGACGACCCGGCUACACACACCCACACAACGGCUCUUUUAAGAGCCACCCA